GGGAGUAAUAGUGAACUCUGGACUUGAAGAAGCAGCGACUAUAUAUAUAUAUAUGAGCGCGUGCUGACCCGCGGGUGCCACUGACUGCCGCCGAGACGUGAAAACAACAACAACCGCGUGCGAUGAGUCUGAACCGACUUGGCAAAAACUCCACAAUGGAGCUGAAGGAAUAUAUAGAGAAUUCGGAUUUUCAGCAUGAUGAAGAUGAUCUCUCCAAUCCCGGGCACGAGCAGAGCGUGCCAGUGGGCGCCCAGGAAAGCGCGUACACGCAGAUCAAGCCGUACGCCGGGAUGCCAAAAGAAGUGCUGCUCUUGUACUCCAGUCAGGCUCGAUACCGGAUCCCGAGAGAAAUCCUCUUCUGGAUGAGUGUGGCGUGUACACUGGCGCUCAUCGCCCUCACAAUCACACUCAUAGUCCUGGCUCCUGCCUGCCUGAGCUGGUGGCAGACCAGCCCGGUGUAUCAGAUCUACCCCCGCUCAUUCAAAGACUCGGACGGAGACGGGGUCGGAGACCUCAACGGAAUCAAAGAAAAACUGGACCAUUUCCAGUACCUAAACAUCAAAGCAAUCUGGAUCAGCCCUUUCUACAAGUCUCCCAUGAAGGACUUUGGCUAUGAUGUGGAAGACUUUAGGGAUGUGGAUCCUCUCUUUGGAACAAUGGCAGACUUUGAGGAGCUGCUGUCCAGCAUGCAUAGCAUGGGUGAGUUUAAGAUGAUCAUGGACUACAUUCCCAACCACACUAGUGAUAAGCACAACUGGUUCCAGCUCAGUCGUAACCGCACCGAGUACUAUUCGGACUUCUAUAUCUGGGUGAACUGCACCGAGGACAGGCCGCCUAAUAAUUGGGUGAGUGUGUUCGGGAACUCCAGUUGGACGUACGAUCCAGUUCGUGGGCAGUGCUACUUUCAUCAGUUUCUCAAAGAGCAGCCGGAUCUCAAUUUCCGCAACCCGGCCGUGGUAAAGGAGAUGACGGACAUCAUCCAUUUCUGGUUAAAGAAAGGGGUGGACGGAUUCCGCAUGGACGCGGUCAAGCACAUCCUCGAAGCUACGCAUUUAAGAAACGAACCCCAGGUGGAUCCCACGCAACCUCCUGAGACAGUGGAUACGGAAUUUGAGCUGUACCAUGACUAUACAUACACGCAGGUUGGCAUGCACGACAUCCUCCGAAGCUGGAGAGCAGACCUGGAUGAAUACAGCAGGGAGCCAGGACGCUAUCGGUUUAUGGUGACAGAGUCAUAUGACUAUGAAGAAAUCGACAAAACCAUGAUGUAUUAUGGAACCAAUUUUGCCACAGAGGCCAAUUUCCCCUUUAACUUUUACCUGCUUGACCUCCCUGAUGGCCUGUCUGGAUUGAGAGCAAAGGAACUGGUGGAACUCUGGAUGUCGAAUAUGCCCAAGGGGAAAUGGCCAAACUGGGUGGUAGGGAAUCAUGACAAACCACGCAUGAGCUCUAGGGCCGGUCAGGAAUAUGUUCGCGUUGUCAACAUGCUGCUCCUAACGCUACCUGGAACCCCCACUACGUACUAUGGAGAGGAGAUUGGCAUGGAGAACGUCAAUGUUUCUGUUAUACAGGAUCCUUUUGGAAAGUUUAACCCAAAUAACAGUCGGGAUCCUCAGAGGACCCCCAUGCAGUGGAACAAUGGUCUCAAUGCUGGCUUUAGUGAUAGCAAAAAUGGUACCUGGUUGGACAUGGGUCCAAACUUCCCCACCGUCAAUGUAGAGAUUCAGCAGGGUGACUCGGCUUCAGUACUGGAGCAGUACCGCACUCUGGCUCUGCUCCGAGAAAAGGAGGUAACACUGACCCGAGGCUGGCUCUGCUACAUCUGGGCGGAUAAUAAUGUGUUUUCCUAUUUGCGCGAGCUGGAUGGACUAAACGAGGCGUUUCUGGUACUCCUGAACUUUGGCGAAGAUACAGAAACGGACCUUUCAGCCGUUAGCGAGCUGCCAGAUCAUCUCACCGUUCACUUCAGCACGCAACCUGGGACAGCAAGCAGCUUCCCCAAAUCCAAAAUCAAAACCUCAAAGGGCCAGGGACUGCUGCUGAAGUACUCCACCAGUCAGCGCUUUCACCCCAACCAUGAGUCUGAGUGUUACGUGUCUGAGAAGGCUUGCUUUCUAAAUGUCCUUAAUAUUUUGUACCAGUGCUGAGAAAUGAAUAAAUGCAUGGGGCUUAAUUGCCAAUCACCCCUA